AUGUUAGAUUGGGAGUUGGAUGAUAGCACAGAGGAAGAGGCCGACUACGAUGACAUGUACCAACCUAGCUCCAGGCUACAAGAUAGCGCAUAUAGAUAUGAGAACGUCCAAUUUGAUGAAAUGACGGUGGAAGAUGACAAGUCACCCGUUGAACAAGAAAAGUUCAUCGUAUUUGAGGGCGCCUUGCUUCAGAUACUUAAGAGUAUACCAAAAUGUCGGUGUGCCGGUUCAAAGAAAGUCUAUAAACGGUUAAUGGGCUCUGCUCUCUUAGCCAAAAUCGUAUGCCAGGAAUGUUCGGAAACAGUUUAUUGGGAAAGCCAGCCAAAGCGGAGAAACACCUAUUGGGGAAAUAUUCUGAUCAGCGCCGCAAUCUUAUUCUCAGGGUCGCUUGCAUCGAAGGCAUUGCGAGUUUUUUCAUUCGCCAAUAUCAAGGUUCACUGUCGACGGACAUUUUACUACCAUCAGAAGCAUUACUUGCGCCAAGCUGUUAGGACCGUAUGGAAGAGGCUGCAGUCGGGUCUUCUUGAUGGCCUGAGAGGUCGGCAGCUCAUGUUAGGUGGCGAUGCCCGCUGUGAUUCUAUGGGACAUUCGGCUAAAUACGGGACUUAUUCGUUACUGGAUAUUGAGCAGAACAAGAUAGUAGCAACGGAAAUGGUUCAGAGCAAUCAAGUGAAGAAUAGCUACAACAUGGAGCUCAAAGGGCUGCAGCUAUGCAGGGACACCCUGGGAGAACAGGACAUCAAGGCUUUCAUCACAGAUCGCCACCCACAGAUUGCCAAAUGGGUCAGGGAAAAAUGGAAAGUGCCUCAUUUUUACGACUGCUGGCAUAUUGUAAAAAGUGUGGUGAAGAAGAUGGAGAUAAUUGCCAAGAAGAAAGGUUUCGAGAUCAUUAGUGACUGGAUUAAGAGCGUCAAGAAUCAUCUCUACUGGGCAGUGUUGACGUCUUCUGGUGAUCCGGACGAAAUUGAGAACAGAUGGAGGGCAACCAUGGAACAUGUACAGGGCAUACACAAGAACUGUACUCACGGGAGAUUGGUGGGGCGCCGGAAGAAGAACUAUCUAAAACGAGGAUCUGCGGCCGCCGUUGAGCUUGAAGAAAAACUAACCGGCACACGUCUCAUCAACGACAUAAGGAAAAUGUCAACUUUGGGCCAGACCAGCGGAGUGGAACACUUCCACAUGCUCAUCAAUCAGUUCGCCCCCAAAAUGUUCGCGUUUGCCUUCGAGACAAUGACUACCAGGGUGUACCUGGCAGCACUGCAUUACAACGAGAAUGCUGGAAGGGCCAAAGCAACAACGAAUGAUGGUGCUGCCCGGUACAAUGUUGCAUACCCAAAGUACAAGAAGGGCAGCUACACAGUUAAAAAGAUUCUCACCAAUUGCACAUAUGAUUACGUGGCCGAUUGCUUCGAGGAAGUGAUGAAGCUUGCCCAAGACAAGGGUUAUAGAGAGGCAAAUCUGCUUGAGAACCCGACGCCAGAGAUCCCUCCAUCACUCACCUCCUCAUUUGAAAACAGGCUUCCAAAAGAAGAGGCAAUAGCAGCAGGGCAUCAGUCACGUUUCAACAAAUUAUAA